UUACCCUCAGCUACAGUACAUUGGCUCCUAUCAGAAGGAUGGAGAGAGGGGCUGGGGAAUGUGAGGCAGUUGCUUGGCUACAGUAAUAAAGGCACAUUAGCAUGAUGGAGUGUAGAGAGACAGAGAGAGUGUAAUGUAUGUUCUAGUGUGUGUCUGGGUGAAUGAGGAGGACCCUCUCUCUUUCUCUCACUGUUCAGUUAAUCCUUCUGUCAGUUGAUGUUAAGGCAGCAUUUUAAGCACUGGAUGGAGAAAGGAAUAGGCACAGAUUAGCAAGGGAAGCGAAGAAUCACUGGGAAGACCUGGAACAGAGAGCAAAGCUUGUUUUCAGCACCAAGGAGAGAGACACCAAAAAAAAAAAACACAUAACAGCAUCAACAGCUAUUCCUGUGUGCUUGCUGCAUCCACAGCUCGGAGCCUCAGUACAGCUUGGAAGGCCAGGGGGGGUGCUCAUUCAGAGACUUCGAGAGGAGCUUUCCAUCCUCCAGACAAGCAGCAACAAAGAAUCUUUGCUUGGGAAGUAGGGCUCAUCUUUCUUCUCCGCCAAUGCAAAAGGAAAUAUGCAGUACAUUUUUGCCUUCUUCUGCACCAGCUUUAUAGGGGCAGUGCUUGGGGUCAAUUUCCCCAAUUUUCCAAACAUUAUUCAGAUCGGGGGCCUCUUCCCAAACCAGCAAUCCCAGGAACAUGCCGCCUUUCGUUUUGCAUUGUCACAGAUGUUGGAGCCCCCAAAGCUUCUGCCCCAAAUUGAUAUUGUGAAUAUCAGCGACAGUUUUGAAAUGACCUACACCUUUUGUUCACAGUUUGCCAAGGGAGUGUAUGCCAUAUUCGGGUUCUAUGACCGGAAGACAGUCAACAUGUUGACAUCAUUUUGUGGUGCUCUUCACGUCUGCUUUAUAACCCCCAGCUUCCCCGUAGCCACUUCCAAUCAGUUUGUCCUGCAGCUCAGACCGGAACUUCAGGAUGCCCUAAUCAGUGUAAUAGAGUUUUACAAGUGGAAAAAAUUUGUGUACAUUUAUGAUGCAGACCGAGGUUUGUCUGUCCUCCAGAAGGUGCUGGACACGGCGGCAGAGAAGAACUGGCAAGUUACAGCUGUCAACAUUCUUACCACUACAGAGGAUGAAUACCGUCUGCUAUUUCAGGAUCUAGACAAGAGUAAAGAUCGCCAGGUCGUGAUAGACUGUGAGUCCGAAAGACUGAAUGCCAUACUCACCCAGGUAAUUGUCAAGCUAGAAAAGAACAUUGUUGGAUAUCACUAUAUUCUUGCCAACCUGGGUUUCAUGGACAUUGAACUGCAGAAAUUUCAAGAAGCAGGAGCCAAUGUUACAGGAUUUCAGCUUGUUAACUACACGGACGCCAGGGUAUCGCAGAUAUUGCAGCAAUGGAAAUCCUAUGAUGGUCGGGAACAACCUCGUGUAGACUGGAAGAAACCAAAGUAUACCUCAGCCCUAACGUAUGAUGGUGUUCGCGUGAUGUAUGAAGCCUUCCAAAAUCUGAGGAAACAAAGAAUAGACAUUUCUCGUCGUGGUAAUGCUGGAGACUGCUUGGCCAACCCUGCUGUUCCAUGGGGGCAAGGGAUAGACAUCCAGAGGGCAUUGCAGCAGGUUCGACUGGAGGGUUUGUCUGGCAAUGUCCAGUUCAAUGAGAAGGGGAGGAGAACAAACUAUACAUUGCAUGUGCUGGAGCUCAAACAUAAAGGAAUCCGACAGAUUGCUACAUGGAAUGAAGAUGACAAAUUGAUCCCAUUAGCCACUGAUGCCCAAGCAGGAAAUGAAACCAUAGGGGUUCAGAAUAGGACGUACAUCGUUACCACCAUAUUGGAAUCCCCAUAUGUUAUGUACAAAAAGAAUGCUGAUGAAUUUGAAGGCAAUGAUAAGUUUGAGGGGUACUGUGUUGAGCUGGCUCAGGAAAUUGCCAAGCAUGUUGGAUUCAAGUACAAACUGGAGAUCGUAAGGGAUGGAAAAUAUGGAGCUCGUGAUUCAGACAUGAAGGCAUGGAAUGGAAUGGUGGGAGAGUUGGUGUAUGGGAGAGCGGAUCUUGCGGUGGCCCCGUUGACAAUCACUCUGGUCCGAGAAGAAGUUAUUGACUUUUCCAAACCUUUUAUGAGCUUGGGUAUAUCCAUUAUGAUUAAGAAGCCUCAGAAGUCAAAACCAGGUGUCUUCUCUUUUUUGGAUCCACUGGCCUAUGAGAUCUGGAUGUGCAUAGUGUUUGCCUACAUUGGAGUUAGUGUGGUCCUCUUUUUAGUCAGUCGGUUUAGUCCAUAUGAAUGGCACAAUGAAGAAUAUGAGGAGGGAAGAGAGCCACCUUCUACAGACCAUUCGAAUGAAUUUGGGAUAUUUAAUAGCCUCUGGUUUUCACUCGGAGCAUUUAUGCAACAGGGGUGCGAUAUUUCCCCAAGGUCUCUCUCAGGACGCAUUGUGGGCGGUGUAUGGUGGUUUUUCACACUCAUCAUCAUCUCAUCUUAUACAGCAAACUUAGCGGCCUUCUUGACAGUGGAGAGGAUGGUAUCACCCAUCGAGAGUGCUGAUGAUUUGGCUAAACAAACCGAGAUAACAUAUGGAACCUUAGAUUCUGGGUCUACAAAAGAAUUUUUUAAGAGAUCUAAAAUAGCUGUGUUUGAAAAAAUGUGGACUUACAUGCGUUCAGCGGAACCCUCGGUUUUUGUUAAGACCACUGAGGAAGGGAUGAACAGAGUGAGAAAGUCUAAAGGCAAAUAUGCAUAUCUCUUGGAGUCCACGAUGAACGAGUAUAUAGAACAGAGAAAACCCUGUGACACCAUGAAGGUGGGAGGUAACUUGGAUUCCAAGGGCUAUGGCAUUGCCACCCCAAAGGGGUCAGCUCUGAGAGGUGCUGUAAACCUAGCGGUAUUGAAACUCAGUGAGCAAGGCGUCUUAGACAAGCUGAAAAGCAAAUGGUGGUACGAUAAAGGGGAAUGUGGAAGCAAAGACUCCGGAAGUAAGGAUAAGACAAGUGCACUGAGCCUUAGUAAUGUCGCUGGAGUCUUCUACAUCCUGAUUGGAGGUCUUGGCUUGGCCAUGUUGGUUGCUCUCAUUGAGUUUUGCUACAAGUCCAGGAGUGAAUCUAAAAAGAUGAAGGGCUUCUGUUUAAUUCCGCAGCAAUCAGUCACGGAGACGGUCCGAAUGGCAACUUUACCAAGACCUUCCACGGCAGGAGGUAGCGGUGAAAAUGGCAGAGUGGUUAGUCACGACUUUCCCAAAUCCAUGCAGACAAUUCCAUGUAUGAGUCACAGUGCAGGGAUGUCCCUAGGAGCAACUGGAUUAUAAUACCAGCAGACUUCACACUACCUGGUGAAGCAGUCAUGACCUUCCCCCGUUCCAGUGCCAAAAACAAAAAGGACACAUUUUAUGGACUUUACACAAGUCACUCAAAGAUUUAUUUUUUGUUCACUUUGUCCUUUUUUGCCAUGUGCGGCAAACUUACACAUCAAUAAACUGCAAUAAAGAGCUGAUAUUGGGAAAAACGGAGAUCCUACCCUGUGGGCUGGACAUUUGAAUGUUUUUCAAUAGACUCUGAUCCCACAAUGAUUCAGCUCAUCAACUCUUAGUAUAUUCAAUUAUUUUAGGGAAACAUGUCACCAUUUUUUUUUACCCUUUCCUAUGUUAACUUUCUGAGCUUUCUGAACAAACUUGGGCACACUAUCUGCUGGCAUUCCCAUCAGGAUUUGAAGAAACAAGAACGAGAAUGUCUUUCAAAUGAAUAGCCCAGAAAGAUAUGGUUGAGGUACAUAGUGUCAUCUUCGAGCUACAAAAGGCAUUAUAACAAGAGAAAGAGUUGUACUAGAGACAGACUAAAAGCUGUACAUAGCAAAUGGAAAGCAAAAGAAUAAAGAAAUAUUCAAGACUAAAAGACCUGUGGUGCAAGAUUACAACAAAAGAGACAUCUGGACAGCAUUAUUAAAGACUGGUAAGGAUUAAUGCCAUGAGAUAUCUUGUUUACGAUUGUGGUUACAAGUGUAAGCAAUGAACGACUCAACAGAAUAGCAUCCGUAAUUUCAACAAUGCACAACCACUAGAACUUGAUAUCACUUUGCAAGAGUAAAUGGUUUAUGAUUGUGUUUCAAGACAUAUAAUAUGACCAAGAAUCCCCAACAGAUCUGAGUACAUGCACAAGCCAUGCAGGUCUAUUGAACUUUUACUGUUAUGUCUACAAACAUCUAGACAUGAAAUGUAUUGCUUUAAGCGUUUACAGUCUUGUAUAAGUUGCCAACUGUUGUAAGGUGGUUAAAUAAGAAUGUCAAUACCUUUACACAUCGUAUAAAAAUCAACAUAAGAUUUGCCAUCAGUUGUGGGAAAAUCAUCAACCUAACUACUUUCAGAAGCUAUGAAAGGACUGGACUUUGAUAGAUACACCAAGAACUGUGCCUGGGUUCAUGUCAGCAGAUGUUGUGGAGAUAUAGUUACACACUUAAUGCCAUACAUUUCAACCAAUCUUUUGUUUUCACAACUCAAGUCUUACCCACCCACAAGAGGGCAGAGAUGCCCUUAAAGAGGUAUCUUUCUAAAAGUUUGUGUUUUGAAUUAUCAUGUUUCCGUUAUUUAAUUUUUUGAAUAUUUUAUGAGUUCCUGUUUUAAUGUGUGAAGAAGACAGAUACUAUACCUUGAACCUCUGCAAAAGUGUAUGUUGCCAUUUUGGAGUGGAAACAUAAUUUUCUUAAUAAUUCCUCAAAGUUCUGAGGAGUUUUCCAGCCAUUUGACUCAAAGGGCCUUGCAACUACUGGAAUUGACCUUGAAAAUUCACAAGGGCAUUGCAGCAAAACGUUUCUUCUUACACAGAGGAGCCUGUUUGCUCAGUGACUACAAGAUGAGACUCGGUGGGCAGCCGGACACAACAAAUCAGCAAUGGAGAUGUUGCGUGUUCAGUCGUAAUUUGUAUUUUUAUUACACUUUCUUAAAAACAGGUGUGGAACCAAGCUUGGUUUUUAAUUCCAAGAGUGGAUUCCACAUGUAAUCCCUUCAGGUGUUUCAUUCAGUUUUUCCUCUUUGAUACCUGGAUAUUUUUUCUCCACAAAAAAGCUGUAUUUGUUUUAACUCUGAUGUCAAAAAGUGCUAAGCGAGACUAUGUUUGGUCAAACAACAGAAGCAUCAUAGUUUGGCUUGUUUUCUAGAUGUGAUGGGGGAAGAGUUGCUCUCAUCAGCAUCUCCUUGCUUCUUGCAUAUCUCUUUUGUUUUAUUUUAUUUUUUUCUUUGAAUUAAUAUAAAAAGGACGUGAUUUCUUUCUUUGA